AUGCCCUCCUUCUCACCUUUACGUGCAGCAGCUCUCAACUUUCGAACCUCAGCUACUCGAUCCAUCUCGAGACGAAAACUCACCACCCAUGCAUCUUCCUCGAUUAGGAGGAUCGAUCAGAGACUGAUCAUAGCAGGAGGAGUAGCUCUAGCUGUACCUACUUAUAUGUAUCUGACAAGAGCGAAAUUGGAUUAUCAGCCUGAUACCGUACCAGACAAGGUCAACUCGGAUGUACCUGAUCAGGUGCAUAGCUCAAAAGGCGGUAAGGAGGUGAUCAAGAUUGGGAGUAGGGAGGUGUUGGAUAAGAAGGAUGGGGAUGAAGUUUGGGUGGUAAUCAACGGGGAGGUAUACAACGUCACCGAAUUUCUAGAUGAACAUCCCGGAGGCCGUGAAAUAAUUGAAAACAACCGAUCCAAAGAUGUCUCCUACAUAUUCAACCCUCGCCAUCCGUCUGAUCAACUCCAGCCCGAAAACCUACCUCCCUCGGUGAUUCACCUGGGUCAACUGGAAAUCGAAUCGGCCUAUGAGAGAGAACAGCUAGCAGUCAAGAUUUCCAAAUCUGAGGAAGAUGAACAGAAUCGGAUCAAGCAGAAAAGACAGGAAUAUGAAGAAAAGGGAUUAGGAAGCAUAGUGAAUAUGAGAGAUUUCGAAGUUGCCGCGGAGGAGUUGUGCUCAAAGGUCGCUUGGGCUUAUUAUGCUUCUGCGGCGGAUGAUGAGAUUACUAAAAACGAAAAUAACUCGGAUUACAAGAAGAUCCGAUUCAGACCUCGUGUACUUCGACCUGUCAAGGAGGUUGAUACCUCAACGAAGAUUUUGGGUUACGAUAGUACUAUACCGUUAUGGAUCUCACCGGCGGCAAUGGCCAAACUUGGUCAUCCGGAUGGAGAAGUCAAUCUGACAAAAGGUGCCGCCUCGACAGGUAUAAUACAGUGUAUAUCAUCAUUCGCCUCAUGUUCCGUGGAAGAAAUCACCUCCGCCCGCACAUCCAACCAACCCCUUUUCUUCCAGCUCUACGUCAACUCCAAACGCCACCUCGCCGAAGAAGUCAUAUCCAAAGUCAACAGACUAGGUCUCAACGCGAUAUUACUCACCGUCGAUGCGCCAGUGGGUGGAAAGAGGGAAAGGGAUAUAAGGGCUAAAGGGGAAUUCGAAGCUCCCAAGACGGAUGCGUUCGAUAAACAGGGUGAGACAAAGGGUGUAGCGGAGGCGAUCUUCUCUGCGGUGGAUCCGGAUUUGAAUUGGAAAGAUUUGAAAUGGUUAAAGGAAAAGACAAAGUUACCUAUUAUCAUUAAAGGUGUACAGACCGUUGAGGACGCAGUACAAGCCUACAAACUAGGUGCGGACGGAGUGAUCCUCUCAAACCACGGUGGUAGACAACUCGAUACGACCGCCACGGGCUUAUCGACCUUAUUGGAAAUCCGUCAACAUGCUCCAUGGCUCCUCCGACCAGCUUACAGGACACCUACAGGUCCAUCUAAAGAACUAGUAGAAAAUCCAGAUUUGCUCGUACCGUCUGUUCCUAAAGGGGAAAAAGAGAAUGAAAGGAAAUUUUCGAUAUUUGUUGACGGAGGUAUAUGGAGAGGUACGGAUGUGGUCAAAGCUUUAUGUCUUGGGGCGGACGCUGUGGGUGUUGGAAGAGGGUUCUUGUUCGCUCAGACUGUUGCGGGUGUACAGGGGGUUGAACAUGCUGUGAAGAUCUUCGAGAGUGAGAUUCAGUCGACAAUGAGAUUGUUAGGUGCGAACAAGUUGGAAGAUCUAAGACCAAGUAUGGUAGAUAUCGUGAAUUAA